AUGACGUCUAAUCAAUCUCAACCUCCAAGCACCUUGCUCGGCACGCUCAACGAGGUCUGCAUCCUUACACCCCAUCUUUACAAAACCCUCGACAACUUGACUCGUCUCGGAAUGGGUCCUUUCCGCGUGUUCAAAUUCGACUCAUCCACUGUGCCUAAACAGGAGCUUCACGGGAAAACUGGCUCCGAUCUGUUCGAAGUCCUAGUCGCCUUUGCCCAGUCCCCAGACGCUGAUCAACCAGUUUUCGAGAUCAUAUAG